CAGAUCCUAUUUAUUAUACUUACCCUCUUUCAAUUCAUUCACCGAUUUCCUGCUGUUAUAAGGCUCUACAGUACAUGCAUGUGCUCUUUUCCCUCUCUCUAGAAUUAUUACCUCUUGGAAAUUCUUGGAUCUUGGAUUUCUUAGCUGGAAAAUUUUCAUAAUUUGGUAUGUUAAUCUAAUAAUCUUCUACAAGAACAACUCAAAGUGGGUUUUCAGCAGCCCAAGAAACUCAACCCCCACCACCACUCUCUCCUAAAGAAAAGAAAAAAGAAACAAAAAUACAAAAUAAGAGUUUGCCUUUUGUCAAUAAUGCCUGCAAGUUUGAGAAUAUAGAAAGCAUUGAGAAGAGAAAAGAAAGAUUAUUUUUGUAGUCUGCAAAUUCUGAAAUGAGUUCACGUGAAGACUAUGCUGGUAUGUCCGUGAGUUUUGCAAGCAACAAGUUGGAAAUACGAUGCGUUCAACCGUUUCUGAUCCUCCCUUUGAUUGAAGUAGCGUUUUCGAAUUUCUGAGCUGCCCAGCGCUCUGCUUAUAUGUUUGGAGUCGUCGUUUUUGAGUCCAAAGGGAAGAAACAGUGAAAUUGGCGCCUUUUUAGGAAAUUAUUGAUGGGGAUGUUUGCUUGUGGAAAAUGGUGGAUCUGAAGGUCUUUGGGUUUAUUUAUUUGUUUAAUUCUUUUUUGAAAGUGAUUAAUGAUUUGGAUUAAAAGCGCCAAAACAAGAGUACAAUGAAAAGGAGCACACUAACAGAGAAAAGUGCAGUUGGCCUUUUUGGCCUUUGAUGAUGAAUAAUUUUAUUCCCUGUUUUUGGAGUUGCAGUAAUGUCACUCUUUAUGGAAACUAAACCAAAACCAAGCCUAAUGAUAUCUUUCAAAGGGUUUCGUUUCAGACUAUGAUCUGAGCCUUGUAUUGCAUUUCUAUUCUAUACCUAGUACCGGCGGCGGCGGCGGCGGCGGCGGAGUAUUGAUUUUCCAACAUGAUGGAACCUCCGGCUCCGGCGUUGGCUUCAAGGUACUAUUUUCUCUGUUUGUUUUUAUUCUCUGUUAUUUCUCUUCUUUCUCCGGUUACGUCAAGUGAUGCAGAGGCGCUUUUGAAACUCAAGUCAUCAAUUGAUCCAUUAAACUCACUGCCAUGGCGAGAAGGAAGUGAUUUCUGCAAAUGGCGAGGGAUCAAAGAGUGCAAGAAUGGUAGGGUGACUAAGCUUGUUCUGGAGCAUCUUAAGUUGAGUGGUACUUUAGAUGGAAAAACCCUAAAUCAGUUAGAUCAACUUCGCGUUUUAAGCUUUAAAGGGAAUUCAAUUUCAGGCCCAAUACCUAAUCUUUCUGGCCUAAUCAAUCUCAAAUCCCUUUUCCUCAAUAACAAUAAUUUCUCCGGCAAUUUCCCUGAUUCUAUUGCCAGUCUACAUCGAUUAAAAGUCAUAGUUUUAGCCGAAAACCAAAUCUCUGGUCCAAUCCCAAUAUCACUUCUCAAACUCAACCGAUUAUAUCUUCUUUACUUGCAAGACAACAGUUUUAUCGGAACAAUUCCUCCUUUGAACCAAACAAGCCUCAGAUUCUUCAAUGUGUCUAAUAAUAAACUGUCUGGUCCGAUUCCCUUGGCUCCAGCUUUGAUUCGGUUCAAUACAUCAUCGUUUUCUGGUAAUGUUGCUCUCUGCGGCGAACAGAUUCAAAAUCUAUGUAAUAAUACAGCGUUUGGGCCAACGGCCGGCCCUGCUUAUCCUACAACGCCGAGAUCAAAGGCGAAAUCCAAGCGUAGUAAAUUGAUCAAAAUUAUUGCAGGGAGCGUAGGUGGGUUUUUGCUGCUUUGCUUAAUUUGUUUACUCGUACUAUGCUUGGUAUGCAAAAAUCGCGGUAAAAAACGGGAUAACGUAAGAAUUAAAGGCAAAGGGGUGGUUGCCGGUGAUAAUGGCGGCGCCGGAAAUGGUGGUAACGUUGGAGGUGGUGGGGGUGGCAUGGGUGGUAAUAAUAGCGGAACACAAGGUGGUUUUUCAUGGGAGGGAGAAGGGUUAGGUACUUUAGUAUUCUUGGGUGCAGGGGAUCAGCAGAUGAGUUAUAGCUUAGAGGAUUUAUUAAAGGCGUCAGCAGAGACAUUAGGAAGAGGUACGAUGGGAAGUACGUAUAAAGCUGUAAUGGAAUCUGGAUUCAUCGUGACCGUUAAAAGGCUAAAAGAUGCAAGAUAUCCAAGGUUGGAGGAGUUUAGGAGACACAUGGAACUUAUUGGUAGGUUAAGACAUCCUAAUCUGGUCCCACUCAGAGCUUAUUUCCAGGCUAAGGAGGAACGCUUGCUUGUAUAUGAUUAUUUCCCCAACGGCAGUCUCUUCUCUCUCCUUCACGGAACAAGGACUUCCGGGGGUGGAAAGCCUCUUCACUGGACUUCUUGCCUCAAAAUAGCGGAGGACUUGGCAACUGGACUGCUGUAUAUCCAUCAGAACCCUGGCUUGACACACGGAAAUUUGAAAUCCUCAAAUGUGCUAUUAGGGCCUGAUUUUGAGUCCUGCCUCACUGAUUAUUGCCUGACUAUGUUUCGAGAUCCGGACUUGAUUGAGGAACCCAGUGCAACUUCUCUUUUCUAUAGAGCACCUGAAAGUCGGGACUUGCGAAAACCUUCCACUCAACAAGCUGAUGUCUACAGCUUUGGUGUUCUCUUGUUGGAACUUCUAACUGGAAAAACCCCUUUCCAAGAUCUUGUUCUGGAACAUGGUUCAGACAUACCUAGGUGGGUUCGGUCAGUCCGUGAGGAAGAGACGGAGUCCGGAGAUGAACCUAACUCAGGUAAUGAGGCAGCUGAGGAGAAACUUCAGGCUCUUGUAAAUGUUGCAAUGGCUUGUGUCUCACUGGCACCAGAUAACCGGCCAACUACGAGGGAAGUGUUGAAGAUGAUAAGAGAUGCAAGAGCAGAAGCUCAAGCUUCAUCCAACAGUAGUGACCAUUCGCCUGGAAGAUGGUCAGACACGGUUCAGAGUUUGCCUAGAGAAGAACAUUUGAGCAUUUGACAACCGGUUAGUGAUUAGUGAAGUUAGUGUCUUCAAUUAAUGUAUUCUGAUUUUUAUUUAAUUUUUGAAAAUGAAUCUCGAUUCUUCAACCAGGCACUGUAGAGUCUACUGAUGUAAAGUUUCCACAUUUUAUUCUUGAUUUGUUAGUUGAGUUAGUUAGCAUAUAAGUUGGAGUUGCUUAAUCCGCAAUUUGACAUUUGUUGAGUCCUUGAUUUUAUGAUUUGAUGCAAUUCUUGUAUUUUACUCAAAACAAAUUCAACAGAGUGAUUUAAAUUUAGUC